AUGAAAUUGCCAUUCGUUUCUGCUCUAUAUACCUGGGCAGCAGAUAAAACAAAUAUUUUCCAAGUAUACCAACCGACGGGGGUGUACACAUCACGUCAACGCCGCAAAUUGGUUCGUUCAGUUGCAAAUUUUUCAGGCUCUAAUAUGUCACGGUGGUCACAGCUGAAACCGAUGGAGUGGUGUAAGGCCGUCUACAGGGACUAUGAUUCCUGGUCAUUCGUCAAGUGUUCACUGGCAUUCUGUGCCGGUGUGCUCCUGGUCCGAAGCCUCGAUGGAAAGUUGCCGGACAGCAGCUAAAGUUCCGAAAUUUAGACCUAUAACUAAUUGAAUAUAGGAUCAUAUUGCCAGUCAUCCAACCAAAUUGUCGUCGACGAAGGAGCCAAAGAAAUCAGGAUGACUCAAACGCUUUAAAUUUAGCUGGUAUAUUCAUUUACGUGUUGACUUAAAUAAAAU